AUGCGUAAAAGCAGCCAUCCUAGAACAAACGCCAAGGCUCUUCAAUUUUGGCAAACCCUCGCUCUUCCACGCACACAGAUAAUCCAGCAACAUCUUGUGGGAACCGCCCAUCGCUUUGAACCAUCGCUCGACAGUGCAAGCCAAGAACCAGGUCCCGAAGCGGUUCGAGUACAAAGGCUGAUACGCGUCCUUGCUUCGAUUGGUGUUCCAUUCUUCCGUAACGCUGGAGUCUUGGGAGGCACACCGGCUCCAAUUGGAUCGCGGAUUCCGUUCCGUACACAGGCUGGUGGUUGUACAAAGCCAGAUAAACGACAGUGUCCUUCAAUGCAACGCGGGGUGAAGGACAACUGGGGUGCAAGAAGAUACUUGAUCGACAAAGUCGCUCGGCUCAAGGUCUACAACCAAGUGCUCACCACCAACGAUAAUCCACUCAGCCCGCUUCAAAACGGGGAUCCUCAUCCCUUCACCCCAUCCAAAAGCAUAUCCAAAUGCCUAUUCGACGGAAUUGCAAGGCGCAACUUCUCACACGUCACACUCCCAGCCUUAAACGCCUGUUCAAACAUCGGAGCAACAUCCGACCGAGCACUCCAACAUAUAUUCACGAAGUCCUUGCCAAGAAGAUGGAACUCGAACGGCAGGCGAGCCGAUCGUCUGAGGAGGGAGCUGACGACGAGAACACGAUUACGCGGCCCUCGUCAAAUUGACCAAGACAGCUUCCGUGGAACAUGCGAGCAUCGCACAAAGAAAAUCAGCAACCGGGAUGAAGCAAAGACAACUGCAAAGACGUACCGUACUACUUCAACUUUCACAAUCGCAGUUCUUGAGUGA